GCCUUUUCGCUUCAGGAUAGUCGACUAGCGGCAUUCAAUCCUGGUCGGACCCGUUUCUUCCUCACGGACCCACGUCUGUUUGGCUUCGUUUUGGCUUCCGGCUAGCUGCAGAGUGCCACUCACUCCAGUCUAAACACAAUCGACCGCACAGGCACGCCUUUUGCAGCAGGGCUCCUUCGAGGCUAUUGCAUGCUCUCAGCUUCACGAUUGUUAGCUCAAACCGCCAAUCAAGCCUCGCUAGACCAUCAUGAACAACCCCGCACUGCCAAUGUAUGGUUCUCAGAGCCCAGGAUCCUACGCUUUCAACAAUCCCCAGGCGGGAGGCGCCUUUUCCACCUCCCCUGGACCCCCCUUCGACCAUGCCCAGACUCCAUUCCAACCUGGCAUGAUACCAAACCACCUGCAGAGACCAUCCCACCCUCAGCAUACGCAGCAGCCCAUCUACCAGCAGAAUCCGGGGCAAAUUGGUGCCUUUCCCCAGUCUAAUUAUAGCCCUCAAUACCAAGGUUAUCCUACAAAUGGACCGUCACCCGUCCCAGUGACUCAAGCAGCAAGCCAACCUUUCCAUCCUUCCCAGUCCCAAAGAUCAACCCCGACUCCUCAACCGCAACCAGUGACAUCUGCGUCGGCUGAUAUGAACAUGGCGGUCAACAUGGGACUAUCAGCGCAACCGAAUGCCAGUCUCGCUCAGCAAGCGCAAAUGCAAAAGGCGGCGCAAAUGGCACGCAAUACCCCACAGCAUCAGCAACAACAACAGCCGCAACAGCCACAGCCACAACAGCAACAACAGACAGGAGGAGGGCCGUCUCUUUCCCCCCAGUCAGCCGCUCGAGAGCGAGCAAGAGUUUCCGUUUUGCUGGAGAUAAACACGCAUUUGUUGCAAGAGGUGGUCUCAUUGCAGGCGCAAGGAAAGGCAGGCACUACAGCGAAUCAAGGACAACAAUCACCGACCUCUCCUACAUCUGCCACAGACCCGUCCAAUGCCUUGAACAAUAGCCCUGGUGAACGGCCAAAAUCUGCGGGUGGACCGGGGUCGAGUGCUUCGAAACCAGCGUCCCAGGAAUAUGCAGAUUGCAUGCGCCGGUUACAGGCAAACCUAUCCUACUUGGCUGCAAUAGCGGACGCGAAAAAGAAAGUCAAUGGCGCCAUACCCAGUGGGCCCGCAAUCAUGGUGCCACCGCCGCAGGUGCCUCACGUCCAUGAUCUAUAUAAGAAGCUAAAUUCUCUGUUUCCAGAGGCCGGCCAGUCUGCGGUGAACAAAGCUCUUGCAGCAUCACAGAAGCAGAAUCAGAACCCGGGCGCCAAUCCUCAGCAAUCUGCUCCAGUGUCGGCUCAAGGCUGAAUUUAAGAGUUCCUCCAUCCAUUUCAGGGUGCAUUAUAGGAGACCAGCGCGCAUGCUUACCAAUGGGGACCGCAGUCUUUGCCACACUGACAACAGACAAGACUUGAGCGAGAGUUGGCGUCAUGCCUCUGGCGACAUCGGAUCCUGCCCUCAAACCGUGUUGAUAGGCCGAUUUAGCCAUCCACAGUCGGAAGGAAUUCGAUAGACCUAGUCCAAUGCGCCAGGAGUCAUUGCUCGAGAACACCGAUGGAAGGUUAGGUGUCAUGUGCGGCAUGUUUCUGGAGCUGAUGCGACCCUCCGAUUGCCCGAGAAGCAGACGGAUAUUUCGCCCCAGGACUCUGUGUGUAUUCUCAGACAAAAACUGUGGGUUGCAGAAGAGAGAUAAGUGGUAUUUAUGAAGAGGCGGCCUCAUCCUAUUACUCUUCAGGAGAUAGGUUACACAUGUGUAUGGGCUGGGUGGUAAGUAAAGAUUGUGGAUGAGGUGGAGCCAAGCAUAGCGACGGAGAGGCAAAGGCGGGUGCAGGUCAUAUAACGUGUUUCUACUGAGUGCUAUUUAGAAGCAAGGUGAUUGUAUUUAAUGGUGCCAAUAGUAUGGAGUAUGCAAGGCUGAACAUAAGGCACCACGGUAC